UAACUCCAGAACGCUAGGAAAGUUUUGCGGCCCCAACAACCAACAAAGAGCGCCACCGUAAACCCCAAAAAUAUAUUCUCCCGCUCACUCUCCCGCUUCUAUAUUCGCUCCCGCUCACGAAAAAUUCUGGCGAACGAGCUUAAUCCACAACUGAACGAAAAGAAUUAAACGAAUUCCACCCAAAAUGCCGCAAAAGACAAACGGACACAGCGCCAAUGGUUGUAAUGGCAGCAAUGGAAAUUCCUAUGACAUGGAAGAUGGACAAACAUUCCUAUUUACUUCCGAAUCUGUUGGCGAGGGUCAUCCAGACAAAAUGUGCGAUCAAAUCAGCGAUGCUAUCUUGGAUGCACAUCUCAAGCAGGAUCCUAACGCGAAAGUAGCAUGUGAAACUGUUGCAAAAACAGGUAUGAUUCUGCUCUGCGGCGAGAUCACAUCGAAGGCCGUUGUCGAUUACCAGAAGGUUGUACGUGAGACAGUCCAGCAUAUCGGCUACGAUGACUCCUCCAAGGGUUUCGAUUUUAAAACGUGCAACGUGCUUUUGGCAUUGGACCAACAAUCUCCCGAAAUUGCUGCUGGCGUGCAUGUCAAUCGCCCUGAGGAAGAAAUCGGUGCCGGAGAUCAGGGAAUCAUGUUUGGAUAUGCUACCGAUGAGACCGAUGAAUGUAUGCCUCUCACUGUAGUGCUGGCCCACAAGCUGAACGAAAAGAUUGCUGAGCUGCGCCGCUCGGACGUGUUCUGGUGGGCUCGCCCUGACUCCAAGACUCAAGUAACCUGCGAGUAUCUCUUCAAUCAAGGCUCGGCAGUGCCCAAGCGCGUUCAUACUAUUGUCGUUUCCAUGCAACACUCGGAGAAGAUUUCGUUGGAAACUCUGCGUUCGGAGGUUAUGGAGAAAGUUGUGAAAGUUGUCAUUCCCGCCAAAUACUUUGAUGCCAACACCAUUGUCCACAUCAAUCCGUGCGGACUCUUCGUCAUUGGUGGUCCGAUGGGUGACGCUGGUCUAACGGGCCGCAAAAUCAUUGUGGAUACCUAUGGAGGUUGGGGUGCACAUGGCGGUGGUGCCUUCUCCGGCAAGGAUUUUACCAAGGUUGACAGAUCUGCGGCGUACGCAGCACGCUGGGUUGCCAAAUCCUUGGUAAAGGCUGGACUCUGCAAGCGCUGCCUCGUUCAGGUCUCGUACGCCAUUGGCUUGGCCGAGCCUCUGUCUAUCACUGUGUUUGACUACGGUACUUCCCAUAAAUCACAAAAGGAACUGCUCGAGAUUAUCAAACGCAACUUUGACCUUAGGCCCGGCAAGAUUGUGAAGGACUUGAACCUGCGUCAGCCGAUUUACCAGCGCACUAGCACAUACGGUCACUUUGGACGCGACGGAUUCUCGUGGGAGGAGGCAAAGCAUUUGGAGAUCAACUGACUAGACGCUGAAAAACCGUUGCCACCGUCACCGAGUGCUAAAAGGUUGAAGCCAUCAACAGAAACACCAACAGCAACGUAAUUUUUAGUUUUUGUUUUUAAAAGUUAAAAGUCAGAGAAGCAGUCUGCAUCCGCCUGCAGCCCGUCUUGGGCUUUUGUUUUUUACUGUAUCUGCGCUCUACGCUAUUUAAUUUAAAACAAUUCGAUGUGUGCAGUCCUCUCACACAGCAUAAGUUGUAGUUGUCAUACUAUCCGCCUAUAUUUACUUAAUAGACAGCUCCCCUACAAUUGAUGAGCUUAAGGUAUACAUAUACAUAGUGUAGAUUUCUCGCUCAGAUCUGUUAUCACAAAAAAGGAGCCAGCCACCCCCACCCGACCCUCUUGUAACCGUCAAGGUAAUUCAGUUGGCCUCUUUCAAAUUGUAUAAAAUCUUGGAUAUGCUUUGACUAGAAAUUACACACAUUUAUUAUGUUUAAAUUGUACACAUAUUUUUGUAUCUUUUAUUAUUGCCACUAUAUGUUGUCGAUUGUGCGUUGUAUGCGUUUGCCCAAAAGUUUUUAAUCAACAUGCUUGUAUGUAUGUAUAUUAUACACUGUCCUUGUAUUUCUGUAACCAACUAUAAGAUAAUGUAUUUUCCUUUACAAAAAUAUAUUAAAGAUCCAAACGAAUGACCCACAUGCA